AUGGUUCACGAUAAAGUCAACCAUAAUUUCAGCGAUUCCCGCUUUGAGUGGGACGCUGGGGAGAACUAUCAGCCCUGCAUCAAGCUCUCCUUCUUUUUUAAGAAGCUCCACAACGUCGACGAUGACCAUUUCCAAAUGCACUACAACCACGUGCACGCCGAUCUGACCGUCGCAGCGAAGCUAUUCAAUGUGGUGAAGAUACAGAGAUAUGUUCAAACUUAUCAAACACCGCAAAUGAAGGCAAAGAUCAAGGCGGCGGGGAUGGAGGUCCUGGAUUAUGACGCUUGUUCGCAGAUUUGGGUGAGGGAAUGGAAGGAUUGGGAGCGGUUCUCUACGAGUCCGGAGUAUGCGGCUGCGUUGCUACCUGAUGCGGAUCACUUCAUGGAUUACAAGACGAGUGGAAUCAAGGUGUUUGCUGGACACGAUAAUAUCAUCUUUGGAAAAGCAAUUCCUGACUGUGAUGCGACGGAUGGCGUCACCCGCGAUGAUAGCCAGGAUGAAGAUCCUGCAAACAUAAAGCGAGAAGACUCUCCUCAGGUCAAGGAGUGA